UUUCCUUUUUUCAGUCGUCUUACUCUUAGCUCUCUUUCUCACUCUUUCUUACUCAUAAACGAUGGAUCAGUCUUCAGCAAACGUCGAUAUCAAGAAGAAGCAGCAGGAAGCCCCCACUCCUCAGAACACCCCCAUUUUUUCUGCUCCUAUCAACUCCUCUUCUGAAGAAAUGGAGACCAUUCAGACUCCAGGAACCCGCGAGGCCAUUCUUGCCAACAACCCUCAACUUAUGUCCCUACUUCAAGGCCGUCUCGGCGGAUUGGUCUCCUCAACAAACCAUCUUAGCCCCGAGGUCCGUCGCCGCGUUAAAGGCCUGAAAUCUUUGCAGCGUAAGCACACUGCUCUUGAGGUUGAAUUCCAGAAAGAGAUCAUGGCUCUGGAGAAGAAGUACCUUGAGAAGUACACUCCUCUUUACCAGAAGCGUGCUGAGUAUAUCAGCGGAAAGGCGGAGCCCACUGAUGCCGAGGUUGAGGAAGGUGCAAGUGAUGACGAGGAAGAGAAGGAUAAAGACGAUGAUGAUGACGAGGCUGCUGCCGAGAAGGUUGAGGGUAUUCCUGAAUUCUGGCUUACUGCCUUGAAGUCGCAUCCUCAAUUUUCGGAACUCAUCACAGAGAAAGACGAGGGUGCAUUGAAGCACUUGGUCGAUAUUCGUUUGUCGUACUUUGAGAAGCCCGGCUUCCGUUUGGAUUUUGAGUUCUCACCCAACGACUAUUUCACCAACAAUAUCUUGAGCAAGACUUAUUAUUACCAGGAGGAGCCUGGAUAUGGUGGUGACUUUGUCUACGAUCAUGCUGAAGGCACCAAGAUCGAGUGGAAGGAGGGCAAGGAUCUCUCAAUCACCGUUGAGACCAAGAAGCAACGUCACAAGGGAACCAAUAAGACCCGUGUUGUCAAGAAGACUGUUCCUGCAGAAACCUUCUUCUCCUUCUUCACCCCUCCAGUCGCGCCUGAGGAUGAGGAGGAGAUUGAGGAUGAAGACGAGGAUAUUGAUGAGAAACUUGAGAUCGAUUAUGGUUUGGGUGAAGAGUUUAAGGAUAACUUGGUUCCUCGUGCUGUUGAUUGGUUCACAGGCAAGGCUCUCCAGUACCAAGGCGAUGACCAAUACGAUGACGAUUUUGACUAUGAGGACGAUGAAGAUGAGGAAGAUGAGGAUGAGGAUGAGGAUGAUGACGAUGAUGACGAUGAUGUCCCUGCUAAGGACGAGAAGGCACCCGAGUGCAAGCAGCAAUAAGUAUUUCAUACCGUCAUUAUAGUUGCCUUAGAUUCCCAGUCUCUAGACCUGAUCACUCUUUAUUAUCUUCAUAUCAAUUCAAUAACGCAUUACCCCCUUUGGGAUUUUCUUCAUCAUUUUUCUUCAUCUUAAUAAAACUAAAAAAGUAGCCUUGACAAAGU